AUGGCUCCGGUCGGGAAAUUCCAGAUCGUGCAAUAUGAAGGACAGUGUUUCUUCUGCUUUUGCAGCAAAAACUCCGUCCCCAGGCUCCAUGUCAUAAAUGUUUGCGAGUUCUGGAGGUGUGAUGUUCCUUUGGACAAGCUGGACGGACAGGUAUCUCAGGAUGGGCUGAAUUCUGCAUGUGAUGACAGCAUUGUUAAACUCAGAGAAGUCGUUGAGUAUCAGACUCCUUCACUAACCAUACAUGACAGCAAAGCCACCUUAAAGUUCCAAGACAGCAGAGAAACGUUCACCUUUGAUUUGUUCAAAGUCUUCCUCUCUGAAGCAAGGAAACUAGCCCAGGAUCUGGUAUUUGGCUUGGUGGAGCAGGUGCAAAAGCUGGAAACAAAUGGAUGCCUUGCUAGUGCUGGUCCUUCACCACUUAGUAGCCCUGAGAAGAACACAUUGAAAAGCCAGUCUCUCUUCACUCCAGAACUGAGUCCUCGCAAAGGCCGGAGUGGAGCUGGCACAGAGCAAGUGGCAAAUAAAAAGAGGAUGCCUGGAGAGUCCCUCAUUAAUCCCGGAUUCAAAAGUAAAAAGACACCUACUGGGGUAGAUUUUGAAGAGGUCUGAGUAUUCCUCACAUCAGUCAAGGCAAAUUCACAAGAUCUUAUCACAGACUUUUUAACAAGAUAUUGUGAAGUAUGUGUAUGCAUUUGAUCAUUUUAAACCCGAUGACUUGCUCAGCCUUCAGCCUACCUUCUGCUCAAAACAGUGGCAAAACUCUCUGAAAAACCCAUGGAUUUUGAGAGAGAAAAGAACCAAGCAAGGUUAACUUCCCGUCUGCCAAAGAGAAGAUUGUAAACUGAAUGGGUGUCCGACACCAGUCUCAGAUGGCUGGCAGGGUUAACAUGGAUUGAUGUCCACAACUUGACGGAGGAUCCCACCCCUUCCCAGGGACACUGAAUUGAUUUCCCAGUGGGUGAAGUGCCUGGAAACCACACGAGAAGCAAAGCCCAAACUGAGGGCUUCUCCCUCUCCUGCUUCUGCCAAGCUCCCCUCCUCACUGGCCUG